AUGCAUUCAUUUAUUAAAGUACGCAAUUUCAUCUAUGACGACGUUCGAUUUUCAUAUUGGGAAACUGACAUUUUAUCUAUCUAUCUAUCUAUCUAUCUAUCUAUCUAUCUAUCUAUCUAUCUAUCUAUCUAUCUAAGCAUGUUCGAAUCUAUCUAUUUAUCUAUCUAUCUAUCUAUCUAUCAAAGCAUGUUUGACCUAUCUAUCUAUCUAUCUAUCUAUCUAUCUAUCUAUCUAUCUAUCUCAGAUUUAUCUAAACUAGGGAUUAAAAUAAAUGCAAAAAAAUUGAAACACAUUGGAAAUAAAUGCGAUCUUCUUUCCGAUUUUCUUCCUUUUUUUCUUCGUUUUUCCUCGCUUCUUCCAACGUUUUUUUCUCAACAUUUUUUCAUUCUUUAUUUCUUAUUAUUGACGCGCACUUUUUUCUUCUUUUUUCCUUAUAGCUUCACACUCUUGCUUUCUGUCUUUCUUUCUUUGCAUUCUUCCUUUUUUUCGUACUCAUUAGAUCACUUAGGUUAA